AUGGAAUGGGAAAACAGGACUAAUUUGACCGAAUUUGUCCUUCUGGGUCUUUCUCAGUCAUGGGAAAUCCAACUUCUUUUAUUCAUCUGCUUUCUCUUCCUCUAUGUGGCAGCUCUCUUCAACAAUAUUGUCAUCCUCCUGGCAAUCAUUCGGGAUCCACGGCUUUUAAAUUCACCCAUGUUUUUCUUCCUGGGUCAUUUGGCUUUCCUUGACCUCUGUAUGGCCAAUGUUACCAUUCCUAGAGCUAUUGUUGACUUUCUGAUCCAACGCCAGGCCAUCUCCUUCCAAGACUGCAUGGCACAGCUCUUCUUCCUCCAUUUCUUUGGAGGCAGUGAAAUGCUUCUGCUGAUGCUCAUGGCCUAUGACCGGUAUGUAGCUAUCUGCCAUCCUCUCCACUAUGCCUCACGCAUGAGCAGGCGCCACUGUAUAGGGUUUAUCCUUGUUGCAUGGACUGGUGGCCUCCUCCAUACCAGUGUGCAACUGGGCUUCACCGUUAAUGCGCCCUUCUGUGGGCCCAACCAUGUGGACAAUUUCUUUUGUGAUGUCCCUUUACUCAUCAAGUUGGCCUGCACUGACAAUUACAACUUGGAGGUCAUGAUGGUGACAAACAGUGGGGUCAUGUCACUAGUGGGCUUUGUUUCCUUGGUUCUCUCCUAUGGACUCAUUCUCUCCACCAUCUGCUCUCGGAGCACUUCUGAGGGGACCUCCAAAGCCAUCUCCACAUGUACUUCUCAUCUCAUUGUGGUCACCAUGUUUUUUGGACCCUGUAUAUUUAUUUACCUUCGCCCUUAUACCCGUUACGUUUUUGAUAAAGUGCUCUCUGUCUUCUAUAUAGCUGUCACCCCUUCUGUGAACCCUACUGUGUAUGCUCUGAAGAACAAGGAGAUGAAGGCUGCCAUUGGAAGAUUGUUUGAAAGACACUCGGGAGUGGUCUCCAUUCAGAUGGCCACUGUUCAUUCAGGAAGGCUAGCCUGCUGGAAACACAAGAAAAUCCACCUUCCUUUCAAGCCCAGCCUUAUUUCAGGGCCAUAA